AUGGAAGCUGCACUAUUAGUUUUCCUUCCGUUCCUUCUGGGCCAAACUCCCGACCCUCAUGACCCUUGCUACAAUGCCAACCAGCGCCCACAAUACUGCCUGCCUGAGCUGUCCGAACUGGCAUCGGGCCGUCAGGUGGAAGCCUCCAGUACAUGCAGCAGUCCUCCUGGGCGAUUCUGCACCUUUCGUGAUUCAACCAACCCAACCUCCAAAUUCUGCCAAGGUUGCCAAGAACAUACCCACCAGUCAGAGCAGCUCACAGACAGUGACGGGGAUACGACGUGUUGGUGGUCUCAGCCAAUAGCCAAUGCCACGCUUACUUUGGCUUUAGGCCGGCAAAUGGAAAUCCUUUACGUGGCUCUGCGGUUCUGCUCCCCACGACCAGAAUCUUUGGCCAUUUACAAGUCUAUGGACUAUGGUCGCAGUUGGAUGCCUUUUCAGUUCUAUUCCAGCCACUGCUGGCGGCGUUACCAUCUGCCCCCAACCACCACCAUUGUGAAAAGCAUGGAGCAUGAAGCAGUUUGUAUCGAGGCUCAAACAGCACUCAAGCCCCUCACCGGAGGGCUGGUGGCCUUCAUGCCUCUUGCAGGCCGCCCUUCAUCCCAGCGGUUCGAGUAUAGUCCUGUCCUCCAGGACUGGGUAACCGCUACUGACCUCCGCAUGUCCUUUGACCACAUGCACUCAGCCCGGACUCUGGGGUUGCGCAGGAAAGAGGCUUCCUAUGGAGUAGCUGAGCUGCAGGUUGGAGGCAGAUGUAAAUGCAAUGGACAUGCCUCGCGGUGCACAGCUGGGAAAGAUGGAGGGGUACCUCAGUGUGAUUGUCGGCACAACACAGCCGGCCCUGAAUGUGACAUCUGCAAAACGUUCUACUGGGAUAGGCCCUGGCUAAGGGCAACCCCCAAAGAUGCUCAUGAAUGUGUGGCCUGCAACUGCCACCGCCAUUCCCAUCGCUGCCGCUUCAGCAUGGAGCUUUUCGAACUUUCAGGGCGCCAGAGUGGGGGGAUCUGCUUGAACUGUCGCCACCACACAGCCGGGCGCCACUGUCAGUAUUGCUCACCAGGCUUUAAGCGUGACCUCAGCCACCCCAUCACCAGCCACAGAGCCUGCAAAGCUUGCCAGUGUCAUCCUAUUGGGGCAACUGGGGCCAUUUGCAACCAGACCACUGGACAGUGCCAGUGCAAGAACGGAGUCACCGGCCUGACCUGCAAUCGAUGUGCCCAGGGUUUCCAGCAAAGCCGCAGCGCUCACAUACCCUGCAUUCGAAUCCAGGAGGAGAUGACAACUACAGUUAUCCCACCUCAGGAAUGGAAAGCAGGUACCGAAUGUCAGAGCCAUUGCACACCACCACAAAGACAUGUCCACAUGAACUUGAGGAACUAUUGCAAGAAGGAUUACGUUCUCCAGGCCCAGCUGUUGGCCUUAGAGAAGUCUGGAACAUGGUGGCAAUUUACAGCCUCAGUCCUCACUGUCUACCGCCAGCGUCGCGUGCCUAUUCGUCGGGGAGAGCAGCCACUCUGGGUACCAGAACAAGAUUUGGCCUGCCGGUGCCUCCACCUCCAAGUGGGCAAAUUUUACCUUAUCAUCGGCAACGAUGCCGAGUCACCUGACCCUGCCCGGCUAAUCCUUGACAAAAACAGCCUUGCUCUGCUCUGGAGGGAUGCUUGGGCACAUAAACUGCGAAGUUUCCAGCAACAAAGCAAGCAUGGAAAAUGCUGA